UGGCGAUAGAGGUUAGGUGGUAUAUCAAACGUUGAUGUAAACAGAUCAUCGAAUUUGCAACAUAAUCGUAUAGUUUCAAGAUCACGUUUCGUCUCGUGAUUUUUGACGUAUUUAAUUAUACAUCCCAAUGACAGCUUUACAUCGUGCGUUAUAUACAUGGUUUAAUCUUUUGAUUUUUCUGAUUCUGCUUGUCUUGAGGCUCGAUCAGAGGACACAAUGGAAUUGGUUUAUUGUUUUUAUUCCACUGUGGUUGUUUGAUCUCAUAGUUUCAGUUAAUAUUAUUAUUAAUAUCAUCACUCUUUUUAAAAAUGGACGUAUUGAUCAUUUACCCCGGGAAAUGUGGUAUACGUCAGUUAUGCUCAUGAAAAUAAGUGCCCAAAUUUUAAUAUGUUUGAAAUUAGAAGCACCACAUUGGUUUUUACCAGCAAAACUUGUUUUGGGACCAUUUUGGAUUCUUCUUCCAGCAUUGGCAGUUGAUGUCUUUAUAAAUUUGAUGCAUCAUUAUCGAUAUUAACAAUGACCAAAUCACAGCCAAUUCAGAAAUAUUACAAUAAAUGUACAACGUGUGUAAAUACUUUCCUGACAUUAGAUUUUAUUUUACAUACCAGUCUUUUUUGAAUAGUAAAAGUGAGAAAGUAUAUAGUGCAUGUUUAGAUAAUAUGGUAGUCACAAGAUGCCACUCUAGUUUACUAUAAAUACUCUAUUGCACAAGGAUGAAUAGGACAAAGAUAUAAAUAAGUAACUCUACCUCAGAUCCAUUAUUGAAGCUUUUCUCAUUAGUUCAUAAGACUGUCAUCUCUUACAAACAAUAAAGUGACUGUAAUAUUUUUUAGCAUAUUUAUUAAUAUAUAAAAUAAAUAACAGUGAAACAUUAAAAA